AUGAUGGAACAUCUUUUUUGUGACUGUGCUUUUGCGGAAGGGGUGUGGGGCGAUGUGAACAUUCGACAAAGGCGAGACAUCAUCGGUUUUUUAAACCAUUCGUUGGGCAGUGCGACUGAGGAGGAAACGGCACGUCUAGCUGCUGCUUUCUGGACAAUUUGGCUGUGGCGGAAUGAUGUUGUUUGGAAUAACAAAAUUCCGGAUGUGGUGAGUGCUCACGACCAAAUGCAUCGGCAGCGACUUGGCUGGAAGGAGGCAUACCGCACCACGGAGCAUCCGGCACGCCAAGCAGUUACGUGGAAGCCACCUCCGCGGCAUACGGUUAAAUGCAACGUAGAUGCGGCUUCUUCCGUCGAAGUCGCUAGUUUUGGUGCUGUGGUGCGGGACCAUGCCGGUGACUUUGUGGCGGCGAAAAGCGGACGUAUCGAGGGGGUCAUUGACCCGUAUAUGGCUGAAGCGAUUGGCGUCAAAGAAACGUUGACGUGGCUUAAAGAGCAACAUCACAGGAGUAUAAUAAUUGAGUCUAACUGUUUAAGUUUUUGCAAUGCUUUUAAUUCUAGUACCUUUGAUUUGUCUUAUGUUGGUUUGAUUGUUAAGCAAUGUCUGUCGAUUGCUAGGGACAUAGGGAAUGUUAGAGUUACCCAUGUCAAGAGAUCAGCGAAUUGUGUGGCUCAUGAGUUAGCUCGGGCAACCGGUUCUACAGCUGCCUUAGGGGUGUGGAUUGAUAUCCCACCAGCUUGUAUUGCACGUUUUUUCACUCAGUAA